ACAUAAAGCAGGAGAUUAACUGGGGCUGAGGAACAUGGAAAACAUCUGAAACACAACACUGCUCUGGGCACAACCAUGUUGACUUGUUGUGUAUGUAUGGAUGUAUCUAAUUCCAAUGGGGUAAAAUGGGACAGCCCACAGUAGAGGACGACUAUAAAAAGCGAAGGCGUCCAGUACAGGACGCACAAUCAGGGGCGGAUACUCGUUUUGUUCUCCUCCUUCACGGUUUGGUCCGACCGAGAGAGAGAGAUAUUGUUGUUUCGGGUAGCUACCAUCGGCAUACGGCAGGUGAGUUCACUACAGCUCACACGGAGUUUAUAGACUACGAGCCUGGCAGUUUAUCUAUCUCGUGUUAAUUAUAGCGAGUGUCCUGGUUUCAGCACCGCAGGUCGUUAACAGCUCCAACAGCACCAGAGGAGAGCGGAGAUUUGAAGAGCCCCUCCCCGCCCAAGGAACAGCCAGAGUGGGUAGAGUCCAAGCGCAGCCCUGUUGUCAGUUUCAGCACCACCAGCAGGGAAGAGCAGAGCUGUCCAAACAUCCAGCAGUUUGUGACCGCUAUCGUCGGCUGGAUCAUCCACACAACACAACACCCCCAAGACAGCUAUAACCGAGAGUAAUCCAUCGGAAAAUAGCCUACAGCCACCGAUUGAGUGGAUAUUUUAUUUCAGAAUGGCGUCCAAAGGAAUGGGAGUUCUCCUUCUGCUCGGGAUUUUUGCUGUGACUGUCUCCCAUAUUUCUGCUUUCCCCACACCUGUCGAGGAUGAUAAAGCUGUAGUUUACAACAGACGACUGACUGAGGAGAGACCAAUCCAGGAGCAGAUUGCAGAGGCAGAUGAUGUGAAAGCAGCAGUGGAGUCUGCAGACACCAAACCUGCUGUGGAGCCUAAAGAGGUGAAGGAGGCGGAACCAGAGCAAGAGAACGAUGACUUCACUCUGCUCAAGUCCCUGGCCGAAGGUCAAAGGUCAAAAGAGACCAAUGAGACGCUGGACAGAGAGAGCCUGGAGGAGGAGCCUUACUUCCCAGACGAAUCAGAUUCCACCAAGAACCGCAGGCUAGCCGAAGACUAUGACUCAACAAAGAUGGAAAACGAUGACCCAGAGAGCUUCAGGCAGGUGGAUGGUACCCCUCUAACGGCCGAAGACAUCGUCCAGAAGAUUGCUACUAAGAUAUACGAGGAGGACGACAGAGGGGUAUUUGACAGGAUCGUCUCCAAGCUGCUCAGACUGGGCCUGAUAACAGACAGCCAGGCAGACAGUCUGGAGUACGAGGUAGCCGAGGCUCUUCAGGACCUCAUCACUAAGAACGCAAAGAACAAUGAGAUCGAGGACCUGGGAGUGGACUAUCCCAUAACCCGGGGUGACCAGGAUGACCAGAAUCCCGACGCUAGCAUGGAUGUUACUGAGUCCCCCAACCGUCGGUACGAUGAAGAAGAUGAUGAUGAUGAAGAUCAGGCGGCCAUUGAUGACGAUGUGGACAGAGGAGAGGGGGAUGACACAGCGGAUAACACCUGGGAUAGAGAGAGUGAGGGAGAAGGGGAGGAGGAGGAGAGGAGCGAGGGAGAGAGAGAUGAGGGAAAUGAGUUGAGCCCAGAGGAUGGUCUUCAGGACCUUCAGUACUUCCCCAACUUCUACCGUCUGCUAAAGAGUCUAGACUCAGAGCAAGACGCCCAGGAGCGAGAGACUCUGAUCACUAUCAUGAAGACUCUGAUUGACUUUGUCAAGAUGAUGGUGAAAUAUGGAACCAUCACACCUGAAGAGGGAGUCUCCUAUCUUGAGAACCUGGAUGCUAUGAUCGCUCUGCAGACCAAGAAUAAGCUGGGGAAAACACUGGGGAUCCCUGGCAUCAUCCCUCCUACUGGGAAGACCCCAGAGGACGAUGACAACACCAAGGCAGAGGCGGCCAAGAUGCAGAAGGAGUAUGAGAACCUGAAAGACUCAACCAAGGAAGAAGCGCCGUCCACUGAGGCCAGAGAUCACCCAGGCAAGUCUGAGAUCUACUUGGAAGCCAUCAGGAAGAACAUUGAGUGGCUGAAGAAACACAACAAAGACGAGGGCAAAGACGAUUACGACCUGUCCAAAUUGAGGGACUUCAUGGACCAACAAGUGGACUCCUACAUUGACAAGGGCAUCAUCGAGAAGGGUGAGGGAGAGACCAUCAAGAGGAUCUAUGGCAGCCUGUAACCUUCAACCAACCUUAAAAUAACCAACAACCAACCUUCAAACACCUACGACCAACCUUCAAAAAACCUACUGGAAAUGUAUGACGAUUGAUAAACCUAUGAUAAACCUAUGAAUAGGGCCUAGAGUUGUUCCUGUUCUGGUAACAUGGUUUAGAAAAACUCCUGGCUUUACGACUCACUCACAAUGAGCAGAAUCCAAACUUGACAUGGUGAUCCCUGAAAGUAACUGACUGAUUUUGGUGUGAAUUCUUGCCUUGAUGUCAGUGGGAGUUUGGUGUGAAAGUUUGAGUGAAGCGAGUGGAUCUCAAGUUAGGAUUUGGCCUCUAUGAGAUGAAAGGUAUGACCUUUAUGUAUUAAAAAUAAACAAUUUAGGCAACAACAUAUUGUAUUUGACAUUUCCAGAAAGCUGGAAUGCAAUAAUGGUAAUAUUAUCACUGAAAGCAUAUAGUCAACUAUACAGCUAGAAAACAAUCAGCAAUAGUCCGAUGUCACUGAAUGGCACUGACUCGGUUGGGAAGGGGAAAUUCAAUAGUUAUUCUGUCAAAUCAACUGACUGAUCUAACUUACUAGAUGACAGCUUUGACUACCUUGAGGAGUGAAAUGUUGACCUACUGAGGGGGAAUGAGUGUUCAACCAUCCCAAUGGACACAUACUGGUUGACCCAAUGGGUGUAUCCCAAAUGGCAUACUAUUCCCUAUUUAGUGCAUUAUUUUUGACUAGGCCCCAUAGGGCUCUGGUUAAAAAUAGUGCACUAUAUAGGAAGUAGGGUGCCAUUUGGCACAGAGAUGGGUCUGAUAGUAGAGUUCCAACUGUAGCUUUCUCAUCGAUUGCAGGUAAUAUGUAUGUCUUUGCAGUAGACUUUUGCAGCAAGUACACAUAUAUCUAAAUGUAUUCAUUCUAUGUAAUCUGUCUUAUCAUAUUCUAAUUAAUGUUUUUUCAAUCCAGCAUCAAUGUAAAAUCUAUUGUAUUAAGGCUUUUAACUCAACCAAAAACAGCUGUGUUGUCCAGUAUCAUUUCAGCCCUGUAUGUCCAUCCUCUCCUCUUCGUUCUGGGGUAAUUCCUUUGGGGCCCUCCAGGGGGCCCUGCUUGUGUCAUUUCUCUCUAUCUGAUUUCUGCAAAAUGGGUAGUAGUGGGAAGUUGCCUCUAGAUGCUGAUCGUGGAUCAGUUGUACAUUUUCCCCACUAAUGGUAAAGGUUAGGAUUGUGGGAGGACAAGCUGAUCCUAGAUCUGUCCCCACCUUCUAUAUGUCUCAGUAUAUUCAACAUGUAUACUACCACUCUAGAGACACAAAAUGAAGUAUUUUUAAAUGUAAAUAUUUGUGAUGUUUUUUCCUAUAAUGUAAAAGCAAUUAAAACAUUGCCAUUCUUUA